UCACGCCGCUGUUCCGCUUGUCGUUAAAGCAGCAGCGUCUUGCCCUCGCGGUGGCUAGUUUCCCCCCUCCCUUCACGUCUCUCACCGAGGGGAAAACAACAAGUAGCCGGUCACCGGGACAUGGCUGCUGUGCUUUCUCGGCUUACCUUAGUGACUCUGCUCUGAAGAGUGUGUGAAUAUAUAUAUAUGUGUGUGCGCGCGCGCACGCGCGCAUGCUUACAGUAGCUGGAUGUGCAGCGACAGCUGAGCUGGAGUCCUAAACACGAGUGACGGCGGCGGUGUGAUGCGGAUUUCCUCUGUCAGGGCCGAGAUCCGUUGAGAUGGAAUGGUGCAAGAACGUACUGACAGAUAUCGCGGCCUGAACACACACCACAACAUGGAGAUCCAUCCGCUAUGCACUAAGCUUUGCCAUCAUAAAGCAGUGGAGCUGAAGGACGACGUGUGUGAGAAGCAGAGCGCGGUCACUAUUAACCCUCGGCACAUGAAGAAAGCUUUCAGGAUCAUGAACGAGUUGCGCAGUCAGAGUGUGUUGUGCGACGUGACCAUUGUAGCAGAGGACGUGGAGAUCGCAGCACACCGAGUGGUUCUGGCAGCUGGGAGCCCAUAUUUCCAUGCCAUGUUUACAGGUGAGAUGAGUGAGAGCAGACAGAAGAAGGUGCGGAUAAAGGAGAUAGACGGCUGGACGCUGGGGAUGCUGAUCGAUUAUGUUUACACUGCUGAAAUACAGGUCACCGAAGAGAACGUACAGGUGCUGCUGCCAGCCGCAGGUCUUCUCCAGCUGCAGGAGGUGAAGAGAGCGUGUUGCGAGUUUCUCUCCACUCAGCUCCACCCCACGAACUGCCUCGGAAUCCGGGCCUUCGCCGACCUGCACGCUUGCUCCGACCUCCUCAACCUGGCCAACUCGUACGCAGAGCAGCACUUCUCGGAGGUGAUGCAGUGCGAGGAGUUCCUCAACCUGGGCAUGGAGCAAGUUUGCAGUCUCAUCGCCAGCGACAAACUCACCAUACCUUCUGAAGAAAAGGUGUUCGAGGCGGUUAUCGCGUGGGUCAAGCACGAUAAGGACGUGCGACAGGAACAUAUGUCUCAUCUGAUGGAGCAUGUACGCCUGCCUCUCCUCUCCAGAGAGUACCUCGUACAGAGGGUGGAGGAGGAGACUCUGGUGAAGAACAGCAGCGCUUGUAAGGACUACCUGAUUGAGGCCAUGAAGUACCACCUGUUGCCAGCCGAGCAGCGCUCCAUGAUGAAGACGGUCCGCACCAGAGUGCGCACGCCAGUCAGCUACCCGAAGGUGAUGGUGGUGGUUGGGGGCCAAGCACCAAAAGCAAUCCGCAGUGUGGAAUGUUAUGACUUUGAAGAGGAGAGAUGGUUCCAAGUGGCAGAGCUGCCAUCCAGACGAUGUCGAGCAGGCGUAGUGUACAUGGGUGGCAUGGUGUACGCCGUCGGAGGCUUUAACGGCUCUCUGCGCGUGAGGACGGUGGACGCGUACGACCCUGUGAAAGACGAGUGGUGCUGUGUGAGCAGUAUGCAGGACCGGAGGUCCACACUCGGUGCCGCCGUUCUCAACGGACUUCUUUAUGCCGUGGGUGGUUUCGACGGCAGCACAGGUCUUGCUACUGUUGAGGCGUACAACUCGAAGACCAACGAAUGGUUCCACAUAGCUCCCAUGAACACCCGACGCAGCAGCGUGGGAGUGGGCGUGGUCGGAGGUAUACUGUAUGCAGUUGGCGGGUAUGAUGGAGCAACACGUCAGUGUUUGAGCACUGUGGAGGCGUAUAACCCGAACACCAACGAGUGGUCAUACAUAGCAGAGAUGGGCACGCGGCGCAGCGGAGCAGGGGUGGGUGUGCUAAAAGGUCUGCUGUAUGCGGUGGGCGGGCAUGACGGCCCGUUAGUCAGGAAGAGCUGUGAGGUGUACGACCCCGUCUCCAGCACCUGGAAGCAAGUGGCCGAUAUGAACAUGUGUCGCCGGAACGCAGGAGUGUGCGCAGUCGGCAGUCUGCUGUAUGUGAUCGGGGGUGACGAUGGCUCCUGUAACCUGGCAUCGGUAGAGUUUUAUAAUCCCAGCACGGAUAAAUGGACCAUAUUGCCAAGCUGCAUGAGCACCGGGCGCAGCUACGCAGGUGUGACGAUCAUUGAUAAACCUCUUUGAACAACUGAAGAGUUGAAACUCUGUUGAAGUGUAAGCUGAAAAUAAGCUGAUGUGAUGCUGAGGAGUGGCUCACACUGAAGACGAGGCUGAAGCUUCCUCCUAGAGCUGCUUCCUGAUUCAGAAGGCCUGGACAAACACUGCUCUCUCGCUCUCUCUCUCUCUCCCUCUCUCUCUCUCUCUCUGUGUCUCUAUUUUUUUCUUCCUGUCUCUCUAUACAUCUCUCUCUCUAUCUAUCUCUCUAUCUAUCUGUCUCCCUAUCUCUCACUUUAUAUCUGUCUCUCUCACUCUCUGUUCAUCUCUCGAUCGUGCUCUGUCUCUCUCAGUUGUUCUAUCUCUAUAUUUCUAUACAUUUCUCUCUCUCUCUCUCUCUCUUCUUCCUUUUAUUUGAGAGUAGUUACAGUAUGACGAAGAUUUUUUUUGCACUUUUACAGCAAAGUACUAACCAAGCGUGAUGGUUCAAACUCUAACGCGACCGAAAGGAUGCCUCUGAAAACACUAGCGUAAACGUUCCAGCGUCUGUCCGCGGAGUUUAGGAGCGAGUCUACUGACCUGAAGGAACCCCUUCGAAAAUCCAUCGUGGACGAAUCCGACUCGGAACGGGACUCGAUUUAAAAAAAACAAAAAAAAAACAAACAAUGGACCAGCACUUUCUCACUCUGAAUCUCUGAAAGUCACUGGGACUGACGAGAUGAUUUUAUGAAGAAGGAUAACGGACUAACGGACGAUUGCUGUCGUUUGAUUUCAUGGCAGGAAUGAGAGCUGCUAAUCUACGAGCAGAAGCUGCAUGGGGUGAACAUUUAAUAGGAGGACUUGCACUUGCGUUUCUCGAGUUUCUUUUGCCAAACCCAAGUUUUUGAAAAGUCUUAACGCUCAACAUUUCAUUUCUUACGCACCGUGUCUUUUAACCGCGAUCCAGCUGGGUGUGAAUAUCGGUUCUGGAUGUAUCCGUGAUGCGCUGCUCUGCUGCUGCGUGUGUCUGAGCAUGCAUGUCGUUUCGGACUGCUGCUGGCUGCUCGGCCGUGGAAGUGCUUCUGCAUGGAUCUAGGUUUUCGUGUGUGUGUGUGUGUGUGUGUGUGUGUGCGCGUGUGUGUACGUGUGUACGUGUGUACGUGUGUACGUGCGUGCGUGCGUGUACUGUUUUUAAACUACUGCUGUCAUCUGUUCAGUGAAGAAUGGGACACUGCAUCGCUCUGCCAACUGCUGAACACUGACCAAAUGUUCUUUCUUUCCUUUCCUUUUAUCUUCUGUACCUUUUCUAAUCUCAGUUCUGUACUCUCUCUAGUGUUUCUCUUUAACUAUUAUUAAUUAUUGUUCUCAAUAUUAAAACUAGGUGUCGGUCAAGAGGAAUGCAGCGCGCUCAAACCAUUUCAUAACGUGUUUUAUAUCAUGAAUAAUAAACAUGCUUCUUGUAUUUAAA